GGACGUGAAUUUCUUUUUCGCUACAUAAUACAAUACGGUCGGAAAAUUCAAAUAUUCCCCUUUAAAAAUCAUAAUGGGGGUUUCACUCUGGGAACGUUUUACCCAGGCCGAUAAUAUAUUUCAAUCUCUAAGACCUCUGACCUACAUCUCCAUCAUUGGAUUAGCCCCUUUUCAUUUAAAAUCACAAAAUGAAGUUCGCACCUCUGCCUUGUCCUUUGUGGCUGGCAUAGCCCAUUUUCUGUUUUUUGUUUUGUGCUUUUUUAUGUCGCGUUGGGAGGAUGGCUCGAUUAUUGGUUACUUCUUCCAGACCAAUAUAACCAAAUUGGGUGAUGCUACCUUAUCGUUGACCGGCGUCAUAGCCAUGCUGACCAUUUUUGGAUUUGCCAUUGUCAAGAGAAGUCGCCUGAUUAACAUUAUACAGAAUAACUUGGUGGUGGAUGAGAUAUUUGUACGCCUUGGCACCAAAUUGAAUUAUCGUAAAAUUUUGUGGUACUCCUUUGUAAUUUCAUUUGGAAUGCUGCUCUUCAAUGUCAUCUAUUUGUGUGUGAGCUAUAUGCUAUUGAGAUCGGCCCAUAUAACGCCCUCGUUUGUUGUCUUCACCACAUUUGCUUUGCCUCAUAUCAAUAUCAGCAUAAUGGUCUUUAAGUUUCUGUGUACCACUCAUCUGGCGAAGAGUCGAUUUCAUAUGCUGAACGAGAUUCUUCAGGACAUUCUGGAUUCACACAUAGAGGAUAGCAAUGCCGUUGAGUUAUCACCACUGCACUCUGUGGUGCGCAUCAAUCGCAGUGUACCCAGAAGACGCCCAGCCACCAUAGUUAAAGCCAGCAAUCAGCAACGUUACAGUGUGGCCUCGAUAAUACGUCAAAAUCCUGAAUUCGCUCUCAAACAAGUUACCAACAUACACAAUGUGCUGUGUGAUAUAUGCAACACCAUUGAAGAGUAUUUCAGUUAUCCUUUGUUGGCCAUCAUAGCCAUAUCGUUUCUAUUCAUACUUUUCGAUGAUUUCUAUAUACUCGAAGUGAUGCUAAAUCCCAAUUGUGUGGAAAAGUUUGAAGCUGAUGAAUUUUUUGCCUUCUUCUUUGCCCAAAUGUUGUGGUAUGUCAUAACCAUUAUACUGAUUGUAGAAGGCAGCAGUAAUACCAUUAAGGAGAGUGGUAAAUGUGCCGCCAUUGUUCACAAGAUAUUGAAUAUAACGGAAGAUCCCGAUAUCAGAGAUCGUUUGUUGCGUUUGUCACUACAGCUGCAGCAUCGUCGUGUGCGUUUUACAGCAGCGGAACUAUUCAAUUUGGAUAGAACUUUGAUUUUCACGAUAACUGGAGCUGCUACUUGCUACCUCAUCAUUUUGGUACAAUUUCGUACCACUCAUCAUGAUCCAAAUUAUAAUGUUACGAAUUGCGUGUCUUAAAUGUCAAAUGUCUUGUAAUGUGUGCCAAAAACUUGAAUGUCA